CUUUGAUGCAUAAAAAGAACAAGAUAAUUUGUUAUCAGGUAUUCCUUAACGCGCGUACCAUCACUACGCUCAAUAGGGUAUAUUUAUGAAUCCUAGCCAUUUCUGUACCAAAUAACUCCACCACAAUUCCAAAAUGCCAUUAUGGAAGGAUUAUGACAAAUAGACAUCCAUGUUUGACAUAUUCGAAUGUCCCAUCUCUAUAUUUUUACUGGCGUUAGAAGACGUCAAAAUAUUUGUCAUUUUUACACUUGUCUGUUGUGCCUAGUCGGAUCUCGUAAACUUGUUUGUUAAUUUUUGUCUGUAUAUAUUGUUCUUGUUCUUUUACAUUGAUAUAUUUCACGGCGUGUCUCUAUUUCUGACAAAUAUAUUGUUUUUGCAACUUUAAAAAUGCCUUCUAAACAACGCAAAAUAGCUGUCAUGGGAUAUCGAUCAGUAGGGAAAUCGUCGCUCAGCAUCCAAUUUGUGGAAGGACAAUUCGUGGACUCGUACGACCCCACAAUAGAAAAUACAUUUACCAAGUCUACAAGGAUAAAUUCGCAAGACUAUGAAUUGAAAUUGGUAGACACAGCAGGUCAAGACGAAUACUCGAUUUUUCCAUCACAGUACAGUUUUGAUGUUCAUGGAUAUGUCCUGGUCUAUAGUAUAACAAAUACAAAAUCAUUUGAUGUAGUCAAAUCAAUACAUGAGAAGCUUCUAGAUAUCACUGGCAAAGAACAUGUCCCUGUAGUUUUGGUUGGAAACAAAACUGAUUUACAUAUGGAGAGAAUGAUACCAGCAGAUGAAGGAAGGCGACUGGCUGAUGAAUGGAAGGCGAUUUUUCUAGAGACAUCUGCAAAACAGAACGCUUCGGUUUCCGACAUCUUCCAUAACCUAGUAUCAGAAAUAGAAAAAGCAGACGGAAACCUAAAUGAAAAAUCGAACUGUACUGUUUCCUAAUACACGCCGAACAAACCACCGAAAAUUCUGGUGAAGACUAGUCUAAUUUUUUUGUUUUUGAUUGAUUCCAUGAAAAAUCGAAUGUGACAUAAUUACUAUUGAAUGUAGAUAAAUUUUGGUGUAAAAACUUUUAUAUGUUAUAUGUAAAUAUAAAUAUAAUUAGUUUUAUAUAUAGUUUAUUGUUUAUUGGUAUUUUUUUGUAAAAUUGUAAUUGUAUGUACUAUACAUGUGAUAUUUAUAUUUAUCUGUAAGAGGUACAUAUAUAAAAAAUGGUGCAUAAAAUGAAGACCUCUAGCAACAAACUGACGAAUUAGUUUUCAAGAUGAAUCUAGUCUAAUGAUUGUAUUGUGUCGGCAUUGCAGCUAGAUUGCUAAUGGUCUAAUGUGCAAGAGAAAUACUUUUUCAGAUCAAUCCUUAUUUUUGAGAUGGGCCUAGUUAGCAAACUGAAACUAGGGCUGAUCAAUAUACAGAGUGUUCGAAAUAUAGACGGAGAUAUUUUAGAGGGUGAUUCCUUGUUAAAAAAUAUAAAAAGAAUGAUUGUGCAAAAAUUAAUAUACCAAUUUUGUGACGUGCAACAAAGCGGUUUUUAUUUCUUUUUUCUCGGAAACAAAGUGUGGUAUCAAAAAAAUACAAGAGGUAAAGGGGUAGUAUUCUUAGAUGCUUAAUCAAACAAGUUACAAAAAAUGCAGUGGCGUACAUUUUUUGCCAAUAAUAUUCGCCACUGUACCUAAUAAUUUUAAUCAAUAUAGGACUAAAUCAGCUCUUAAUACAACAAAUAAUAUCGCCAAAUUCUAACAAAAUCGGGUAAAUAUUUUUUAAGAUAUCAAUAAAAAAGGCAUUUUUUAAAUUUGUAUCUUGGGAACUCUGCAUUUCCGGGCCCAUGUUCGUGAAAACUUUUUUUUCCUAUUUUUUAACAAGGAAUCACCCUCUAAAAUAUCUGUCUAUUUUUCGAACACCCUGUAUGUUAACUAUACGACAAAUAUAUAGCAGCAAAAUGAAGAAUUCAAUUUCCUACAAAAUUGCUUUAAUUACUUUUUUACGUAGGAUCAAUCGUUUUCGUGAUUUGAUCACAUUACAAAUGGCUUAACAGAAUUGUUAUUGCAAGUCGUGUCAAUCUUUACUUCCAUUUUGCCCCAUACUACCCCUAAAAGUGGGAGAAAUAUUUCUUAUGAGAGGGUAUUAUUUCCCGAAAAGCACUAUGUCACAAUGGUGAUAUAAUAAAAAAAAAUUAACAUUUGAUCAGCAAAAAUCCAACUGAUUGAUUUUCACAAGGUGUUAGUUCGUCUGAUCAAGAUUUCUCUUGCAUCUUGCUUGCUGCUAAACGGGUAUAAGAGGACAUGCUAUGGAGAGACAGGUCCUGAAAAGACGACUCUGAAAGUUCGAAUUUCCAAUUGCGUCCAUUUCUGUGGGAACUCAUCACUCCUUUGAGCUCCAUGUGUAGCUAACUCACUUUUGCAGUGGAUAGAAAAUCUGCAGUUUUGUGGUAUGGCGAAAUCAUUUGCCUUUGCUUUGCAUAACAUGUUUGUUGUUAGAGGUUUUUGAUAUUUGUAGUUGAUAGUGUUUCGUUUCUUCAAAGCAAGACAAACUCUAGUUUCUAGUGAAUUUAAAUGUUUAUAUAUUACUCUGUUCAAGUUUCUUCGAGACAAUCUAAUUUUGGUCGUAUCUAAAAUGUACCUGGGACAGACCGAUUGGUAAUUCAAGGGAAUGUAAUACACUUCAUUUUAUCGACAAGAAGCACUAGUUUUGUGUAUUUUUGUUCCUUAUUAUAUAAUAUUAAUAUAAUUGUUCGUCCUCGUAUGGUUACAGUUCACCAGUGAUUGCUUUUGGCAAUAAUUUUAAGUGUAUUACGUACCCCCAAAUUAUUGAUUCUCUAUCACAGACUUGACCUCUUUCAAAAUAAGAUAUACAUAAGGAUCGAUCAACUGACUAGCCAUCAAUAUAUGCAGGGCGUUCCUUAAUGUCAUGCCUAUAUCAAAGGAGGUGAUUCUUAAGAAAAAACUCGCAUGAACUUUUGACGACAAAGUUUUCAGAAAAAAAAAUGGCACGCCACCUCUUUGAAUAAACAUUUUUGAAAUCUUCAUUCAUUUCUGAGCAAAUUCGAUCUGUUAGUUUCCUUUCGUUCGACGAAUGGUUUUCGCUCAAAAAAUAAAAGUCGUUUUACUUUAGGGUCAUAUCGUUUUUUUUAUUUUCUUGAACGGAAACUGUGCGUCGAACGAAAGAAAAUCAAGGGAUGAGACUUGCUCAGAAAUAAAUGAGAAUUUCAAAAAUGUUUUUUAUUUAAACCGAAAUCAGUGGCGUACCAUUUUGGUCUCCAAAAAUAGUGAACAAAAACCCGUACCGACGCCACUGGCUCAAAUAAUUAAAAUUUUUGACCUUCAGGAAAUGCACCUUGUAUACCAGAUUUCAAGAUAUCUACAAUAAUAUCACAGCUAUUAUAAAAUACAGAUUAUUUUUCUGAAAACUUUACCUCAUUAAAUAUUAGCACGUCAAUAAGGAACACCCUGACUAUUUGUUCUUCAAUACUUUGAAAGCACGUAUAACGUUAUAUAUGUUGCUAUUUUUGCGUCAUUAGUGGAUAUCUGAAGAAACAAAAAUCAUACAGGGUAUCCCAAAAUGUAAGUGAGCAAUCUCCCAAAUGCGUGUAGAAUACAAAAAAAUUGUGCCAAGUUCUAGUUUUUGCUGUUUUUAAAAAAACAACAUUGUACUGAUACACGUUUCAGCAAGAACUAAGCUUACUGAAAAUAUGACAGAUAACAGUUUUCAGUAAUUUUUAAACGACAUAAAGAUCUGAAAGCAUUUGACCAUCUAGUUGUACAGUAAAGAGUUGUUACGAAAAAAAAAAGAUUUUCUGUGGAAGUGAAUCAAUCAAAGCUUUAGGUGGCGUGUACCUGUUAAUUUUUUGUGUUUUAUAUGAUUUCGAGAGAUUGUUUACAUUCUUUGAGGCAUCCUGUGCAAAAAGAUGCUUUUGGAAGUUAUAUAUUACAAUCUGUUCUGUUAGUCGUUUCGUGAAUUUAGUUGUUUGUUUUUUUUCGUUUUACGAAUUGUUGUGUAGUCCG